UAUAAAUGAGGAAGUAACAUUUCAUACAAUUGAAAAAUUAGGUACACAUUAAAUUUCUAAUUGUAUGAAUGACUAAUUAACUAUAUAUGCAAUAUAUAUACAUACAUAUAUGUAAUUAUUCUAUAUAUGUAUUGUGUACUUCACUUGUGUUGCAUCAGUAUAACAAUUGAAUACACGCUGUAAUUAAUACUAUUUGACAGCUGACAGAAAACGUCAAUUAUGGCCUAUCCGAAUUCAAUGUUUGGAGCAACAAAUCCUGAAACACAAGUAAGUCCAGAAGUACAGCAGUGGUUUGCUGCUGUUGAUAGAGAUAGCAGUGGAAAAAUCACUGCUAUAGAAUUACAAUCUGCUUUAGCAAAUGGACAAGGGGGUACAUUUUCAGAUACUGCUUGCCGACUUAUGAUAGGAAUGUUUGAUAAAGAAAAGAAUGGUACAAUAGAUUUGUAUGAGUUUCAAGCUCUUUAUAACUAUAUUAAUGCAUGGUUAGGUGUUUUUCGUAGUUUUGAUCAUGAUAAUUCUGGAAGUAUACAAGAAAAUGAAUUAAGUGCAGCAUUAACACAGAUGGGAUAUAGAUUAAGUCCAGAGUUUAUAUCAUUUCUUAUAAAGAAAAGUGAUCCUAAGGGCCAUUCUAGUAUCACAGUUGAUCAAUUUAUUGUAUUAUGUGUACAAAUUCAAAAAUUUACAGAUGCUUUCCGAGUAAGGGAUACUGAGCAAGCAGGGGUAAUUAAUAUUGGAUUUGAAGAUUUUCUAGGUGUUGCACUUGAUUGUACUGUAUAACAGUUCUUCUUUUUAACAAUAGUUGAAUUACAUUUAAUACAAUUGAUUCCGAAAUUAAUAUUGUAAGUUAUGAUCUCUUUAAUAACAGACACAGCUACAAUUUUUCUAGGUUAGAAUUAUUUUACAAUAAUUGCAUACAAAUAUAAUAAAACAGGAUAUUUUAAUAUGCUUGGGUAUUUAAUGUGGAUUCAAUAAAAUAGGAUGAAAAAUAAUUAAAAAUUUUGAAAAUUAAUUGUAAGAUUACAAUUAUUUUAUGAAUUUGCGUUUUAUUUAACUUUCAUUUCAUGUAUGUAAAUAAAUUAACAAAAAUUAUGUUUAAUAAGUGGCAUUACUAUAAUACUAAUAUAAUAUGUAUAUUUUAUUGAUUAGAACAAAAAAUUGUUAAUUUAUUUUAUAUUAUAUUACUCAUAUUUACUUAUAUUUGGUACAAUUUUUUUUGGUAGUAAGUUUUGGUUUGCAAAAAUUAUAUAUAUAUAUAUAGUUGUCAUUGUGUUAUUGGUUUAAGUUUAAACUGGUUUAAGCAAUGGCAGCUAAAAUGUAUUAUUGCGUGUUUAUACAUAAGUUUCUUGUGAAAAGCAUAUUUAUAUUUUUGAAUGUGCAUGAAUUAAUGCAUCGAAUUAUGUGAUAAUUUAUAUAUGUAGAUAUGAAAAAAUUAAUAUUUUAUUUCAAAUAAUCAUGGCUCCAAUAUAUUUUUCAAAAAAUGUUUCUCUAACCUAACAUCAAAAGGAUGAAUACAAUUAAGUAUUUUCUAGAAGGCUAUAUGUAACAAUAAUAAAUAUGAAUUUGUUCCGAUGUCCACAUGUAUAACUACAUAUAUUACAAAACGUUAUAAUAAUGUAAAUUAAAAUUAAAAAUAAGUACAACAUUGUUUAUGGAAAUAAUAGUAGUAUACAAUUAAAGACUAUAUAAUUAGAUGUUUCAAUGAGGCUUUGUACGAUGAAUCAAAGCUCAAGAAUUGUGAUACAACAACAUCGCAUUCUAGACAGGCACAGGAAAGAAUUCAAGAAUUUAAUAGAUUAAAACGAGCCAGACAACUUCUUGAUGCUAUUUCUCUUACAAAUGAAUUACUUGCAGAUGGUUCAAAUGUAGAAAUAUUGAGUCUUGCUAAUACAAUAAUAAAAAGAUUUAAAGUUU